AUGGCGACGAAGCGGAAAUUGGUGCCCGCUGCUCUGCACUCUGAGCUUUCUGAGUAUGCCUCGUUGCUGCGCGCGCUGCGGACGCAUAACACCCUCGACUUGACGGGCCACCUGACACAACGUCGACCCUCUGUUUCCGUUGACGAACCUUCCAGUUCAGAGGACGACGAGGAGCGGCGUCCGCAGAAUAUGAGCCUGGAACAGCUCGACUUUCUCUGUGACGCGCUCACCGGAGACCGGGGCACAGAGCAACGCAGCAAUGAACCCGAAGCUGGUCCUUCUACGUCGCGGUCCAUAGGCAAGGCUAAGGCAGCAGCGACUGGCACGUCGACUGUCCCUUCUUCUCCAUCUCCCGCUCCAGGACCGAAGCGGCGGAAAAGGGACACUUGGACGCGAUGGCCGCUGCUUGCCGAAGACGUGCCCGUGCCGGAGUGGACCCUCGAAGACGAAGUGCGCUCGCUGGCUGUGAACGCGCUUCAAGCGCAGGGCACCUUGGCUCCUCCACAUCUUUCCGAUGACGGGGAAGAAGCAGGGUCCUUUGACGACGAAGAGACCCUACUGCCUGCUGCUUCUGUGGACGCCCUGGUCUUCUCUACUUCUGAUCAUCUCGGCCGACUCUUAUCCUCACUUGCUGCUCAUUUCCCGCUCGCUGAGAAGAGCAUGCAGAACAGAGUAAAACCUAUAGGCUGGAAUACCGUUCUGGAAGUUGCUGCGUCGAGCGGGCUCGUCAGUGCAGAAUGUAUUGAAAGCGUAAGGACCCGCAUGGAGGCUAUUUACCCCCCUUCCGAGCCCUCUGAGUCUCGAAUACUCGAACGUAUGGAACUCGCGUCAACGCGUAAAGGACCAUUCACCGAGUCCUGUGCUAAGCAUGAGCUGAGCUUCCUGAGUUUCCCCGACGGUGGUGACGGUGAGGACACGCAAGUCAAGCCAGGGAAAAAGCGUAAGGAUCUGCAGGCGCCUCUUGUUGAUAUCUAG